UUUCUUUUCCGUUCUUAUCCAUUCUGCACCGUACUCUGCAGCAGCGAGUCUUCCCAUUCCCUCUCCAAUGGAAGCGUGCAUCCCCUCCGGCGGCGUCUGCGCUUCCUCCUCCUUCGUGACUACGGACCAUCCUCUGGGUCGCUGCCACGUUGUCUCCGUCUCCUUCGUUUCCAGACGUAGGGCGGCGCCGCUGCCGUUCGUUCGGGCGGCAGCUUCCUCCAAACCUGGCUCCGCAGCGGGAGUGAGGCCCGCAAAGGGCAUCACCAAGCCCCGUCCUGUCUCCCCUGCCAUGCAGGCGCUCGUCGGCGUGCCGGAAAUCCCCCGCACCCAAGCCCUCAAACUCAUCUGGGCUCACAUCAAGGAGCACAACCUUCAGGAUCCUAAUGACAAGAAGGUAAUUAUAUGUGAUGAGAAACUAAAAGCUAUUUUUGGCGGGAGAGAGAGCGUCGGGUUUCUGGAGAUCGCAGGGUUGAUUACCCCUCACUUUGCAAAGUGAGAAGUGUUAUUGGCAUUAGCUUGUUUUUGGUAUAUGAUGACUGUAAGCUUUUGUUGUAGCUUCUCCACGACCGUUUGUUCUGGUCCUUGUUCGCAGGGUUAUUUUGCUAUAUGCUAGUGACUUAAAAUGCUGUUCUAUCUUAUCGACAUAAUUGUAUGGCCACUCUUCAUCCGCUA